AUGAGCCGUCGUCUCUCAAGCCAGGAGGCUUCGGAGGCGACCGGCGCCGAGCCCCUGCGCGGGCGAAGUUCCCGUUGCUCGCUGGGGUAUCCAAAUUCGUCGCUGUCGCCAUGGUACGUCAGCAACCGGCACGGGGUGAGCCUCGGCAGCAUGACGAUCACGAGUCCCUGCCAACCACUCUCCGUCUCAGGGAGCGUGAGCGGCAUCAGCUACCCGACGUCCGUCUCGUCCAGCAUCAUUCCCCGCACGCAGACACGACUCAUCUCAGCCAGCGCGAGCGGCGGUGGGCGGCUCAUUCGCGGUGGCGGCGCCGACAGCAUGCCACGCGUUUGCAGACCUAUCCGCGUCGGGACCGACACAGCGAUCCCCGGCAGCGAGCAGCUCUUCCAGUUGUCCGUACGCGUUGUGCCGUCUCAUGGUCGCCUCGCCCAAAGUCGGUCGUCAUCGUGCGGUGGAGGACACGCGUUUCUGCGCCACACUUCCCGCGUCAGCGUGCGGGUGGGGCCACGGACAAGCAAUCCGGUGAUUGCCGAACGCAUGAGGAUCGUGGACAACCUCAGGAGACAGGCGAGUGCCGGCAGGCGUGGCACGAAGCGCACCCUCUCCGUCCCCGCGGAGGCGUCGGACUCUGCCGAACGUGCGGCGCAGCCGUCGACGACCCCACCCUCUGCUGCGAGGACCAUUGAGCAUCUUGAUGUCACGCCGCGAGUAUUCACGAGUGUCCAAACGGACGUGAACAGACCGCUGGGGGUGACACCGACAAGGUCAACCAGCUCGCAUGAGGAAGUCGGCAGGAUGUUGUUCAGUGAUUGGGCCAACCGGAAGAAGGAAAUGUUCGCAGACGUAUUCAAGGACAGGAAGGGUUUUUUUACAGACCUGUUGAAGCUGCGCCAUGAUGGGGGACACGAACCCAUUGCGCGCGCGCAGAAGGUGCCCACUGUCGAUUCUUCACGCAGCGAACUUUUUAUGACAACCAUAUCAGAAAUGGCAGAAAAGGACGUCCCAGAAACGUCCGCCGAAAAUUACACGGUGCAUAGCCCUAUCGGUCUGUCAACGACAGCUAGAAAGACAGCAAUAGAAGAGAAAGUACCGUUGCAAGCUGUAGCGGCUUCAGAAAAACAAUAUCCGACGUCGUCAGAAUUUGACUCGUACGACCUCUCAAGAACAGCGGAUUCAAAAACUCGAGCUCUUGAAGCUCCCAGCGACGGAGUUUCGAAAGAAACACUCAAAGACAAAGCAGAAAGUCAAGGCGAAAAACUUCCCGGGUACAUGUUGUUUGACUCGCAGCUUAAAGAAACUGAAACUGCUCCAGAGGUUCCAAGAAUGGAACAAGGAGGUUUUGAGGGACUGAAAGGGACAAGUGUUGACCUGUUGACCCCGAAAACAGAGAGUGAGGUCAAAAUGGAAGUACCAUUGGAAUUAGUUCCCUCAGAGCAGCAGUUUCAGGACACUAAAGUCAUGGAAGUGACGCAGGUCUCUCCUCUCUGGAGCAUCGAAGCAGCCAGUGCACGCGCUGAAGUGCCGACUGAGGCCAGCGGCUACGGCUACGUUCCUGCGCUCGCAGAUUCUACGUUCGAAGCACCUGGGGCAACAAGCGAGGAGCACCAGGUGAUGCCGACAUCGCUUGAAGGUCCGUUUGUGUCGAUGGCUUCCGAUAUGACUGACUUUCCUGCACUCGAACUGAGUAGAACGCAAGAAACAGAUGUUUCAAGACAGCUUCCUUCUUUACGGGAACCAGACCACAGUGAAGUUCAGACGCAGUUGGUCGAACGACCGCAAACUGAUCACAGUGCGCAAUUACAAGUGACAGGUAAUUCCCAUCAACUUGGAGCCUCGGGAGCUCGUCAUGCUUCCAGCGGAUAUGAAACGCUUGUGCCCUUAGAAAGCACUGCGACAGCAGAACAGGCGAAAACAGAAGAAACCACUCAACAAACUGAGACAAAAGACAUAAUACCGAUGCAACUACAUCAAGGCUCCAGGUUAGCUAUUUCAGAGCAGGCCACAGGGUUUGACGUCAGUGCCUUUGAAAAACAUGGUGGUACUCAACUGAACGGGGAGACUCUUGUAGAUGUGACUGAAGACCACUUGUUGUCAAAAGAGCCUCAGAAGGAAAGUGAAAUAAGAGAUGUGGUGCCAAGACAGGUCGAUCAAGGCAGUGAAUUGAUUUCCUCAGAAACUUAUGCAGCAGUUGACGUUACCACAGCAGAACAACACGAGAACCUUCCUGUCCCUGAAUCUACCAAGGAACAUACAGAUGAAAAAUAUUUAGCAAAACAGAAAUGGGACAAGGAGUUAAGAGGCAUCGUUCCAAGGCAGGAAGUUCAAGGCAACGAGCCGGCGUCAUCGGAAAGUUCUGCUCUGGUUGAGGUGAAACCGACAGAAAAAGACGAGGACAUUCAACUUGAUCAACCUACCACGGAGCCCACGGAUAAAGACCGUUUAGCAAAACAAGAACAGGACAAUGAGAUCCGGGACAUAGUGGCCUGGCACCCAGUACAAGACAGUGAACUAAUCUCCUCAGAACAAGCACCAAUGUCUGACGGCAGCGCGACACAGAAUGUCGAUGAUGCGCUGCUCCAACGAAGUGGCGGGCCUGCAGCUGAUGAAAACUUAACGAUGAGGGAAACUGCAAAAGCGAGUGAGUUACAUGACAUCGGACCAAGAGAGGGAGAUCAAGGCGGUGAACCAGCGUCUCCAGAAAGUUCUGCUGUAGUUGAGGUGAAGGAGACAGAAAAACACGAGGGCGUUCCAUUUGCUGAAAUUACUACAGAGCCCACGGACGAAGACUUUUUAGGAAGACGGGGGCCUGAGAAGGAGACUCGGUAUAUAGUACCUAGGCCUCCGCAACAAGGGGAAAUAGUUUCCACAGAACCAACACCGCUGUCUGACGUCAGCGCAACGCAGCAACUCGAUGAUGCCCUGCUCCAACAAAGCGGUGCGCCUGCAGCUGAUGAAAACUUAAAAAUAAAAGAAGCUGCAAAAGCAAACGAGUUACGCGACAUCGUACCAAGACAGGAAGAUCAAGGAAGCGAACCGGCGUCAUCAGAAAGUUCUGCUGUAGUUGAGAUGAAAGAAACAGAAAAACACGACGGUAUUCCAUUUGCUGAACUUUCUACCGAGCCCACUGAUGAAGAAUUUUUAGGAAGACGGAAUCUUGAGAAGACUCGAUAUAUACCUAGGCCUCCGCAACAAGGGGAAAUAGCUUCCACAGAGCCAACACCGCUUUCCGACGUCAGCGCGACGACACAACGCACCAAUGAUGCCCUGCAGAGCUCGGCAUCGCUUUCGAAGGAAGUGGCAGGUGAAACCUUGGAACCCCUUCAAUUUGACGAGCUGCCUGAUUUGCCGGUCAAAGAAAUUAUCCUCGAACCUGGAUACUUCAAGCAUGCCAGUGGCGGGGAACUGCUGGGGGGCUUAGAAAUAAGUCCGCAAGAGUUUGAAGGAGCAGCAGCUGAUGAAAACUUGACGCAAAGGGAAACUGCGAAGGAAAGCGAGUUAACUGGCUUCGAGCAUGCCAGUGGCGGGGAACUGCUGGGGGGCUUAGAAAUAAGUCCGCAAGAGUUUGAAGGAGCAGCAGCUGAUGAAAACUUGACGCAAAGGGAAACUGCGAAGGAAAGCGAGUUAACUGGCUUCGAGCAUGCCAGUGGCGGGGAACUGCUGGGAGGCUUAGAAAUAAGUCCGCAAGAGUUUGAAGGAGCAGCAGCUGAUGAAAACUUGACGCAAAGGGAAACUGCGAAGGAAAGCGAGUUAACAGGCAUGGUACCAAGACUAGAAUAUCAGGGUGGCGGGCUCGUUUCAUCAGAGCGCACUGAAGUAGUUGAAGUAUCUGCAAGAGAAAUUAAUGAUAUUGCUGAGUCCGUAGACGAUUCCUGCAAGUCCUACAAGUCCUACAAGUCGGUCUCACCUGAGCGGAGCACAGUAGCUGAUACUGCUGCGCUACAAAAGCCGGAGCAUAUUAAACUCAUGCAGCCGUCAGCGGCGAGUGAUAUUGGGGCAUAUUUUUUAUCUAAGCAGGAAGAGAAAGCAAGCAACGUAACCGACUUGGUGGCACGUGAUAAGGAAGAAAUAAGUGAAAUGGUUUCUUCGUAUGCCCGCGGCGUAGUUGAAGCGUCUGCCAUGGAUAAAUCUAAAGAGCAACAGGUCGAAACAAGUCUGGUACCCGUUCCAGUAGAAGAAAUACAUACAAAUACUACUUCCAUGUUGCUUGAACCUGCUGAUGCAUCUGCGGUGAAGGGGCUCUACAGGCGACCGCUUACAGAACCCAACGAUAUCUCUGCAGCAGACGAUCACUCCUUAACGAAGCUGACCGAGAAAGUAAGCGAAGUACGGGACAUGGUCGCAAGGCAGCCUGACGAAAGCAGCGAUCUCGUACCGUCAGAAGACACUCAGGCGGCCAGUGUGAAGGAAACAGAACAACGCGACGAAAUUCAAUCUAUAUGGCAAAUUACUGAAUACGCGUUUCCUCACGAACAGAAGAAAGGUGCAGCUAUGGACGUGGUAACAAGAGAGCUGCAGAAUGAGGAAGACAUUACUCAUUCAGUAAUGGUACCGUCAACGCUUGAAACUUCCCAAACGUUUCCUGCCAUUGAAUAUACAUCUGCACCAGUCGCGGAAACCUCUGACCAAGCCACUGCAAGCAAAGCCGCUCCACCAGGCCAAGUGCUGAUGACAAAGACUGGGAAAUAUUCAACCGAUGCAUCAGCAGAGGCAAUCCUAAAAGAAAACGAGCAACCUGCAGCUCAAGGACCGGUAGACUACGCCGCGCAGUUCUGGGACAGUGAAACUAUGCAGCUUGCGCUCACAAACAUGUGGACCCCGGAAAGUGGCACAGUGCUCGCGGAGGAUGCAAGCCGUGGAAGAAAUGUUGUUGACGUUAUGGACGUACCCCAAGUUCAAACCGUGACAAGUUUUGACGGACCGUUCAUUCACAGUGAACUUGAACGAACAAGUAUGGAAGCUUCAGGUAACGGGGCUGUGUUUGUCGGGGAAGCAAUGUCGGUUUCGACUGGAACUGCACGUGAUACUGCUGAAGCCGUAAAGGAAACAUCAGCGUUCACGGAUGAAAAUGUAGUGGACUACGCUGCGCAGUUCUGGGAUAGUGAAGCAAUUAAGCUUCAGCUCACGAAUAUGUGGACCCCAGAAGGUGGUGCCGUGGUUGUUGAAGACAUACAAGCGGAUAUUAUGGUACCUGAUCACGUCGCUGCUCUUUCCGAUCAAUAUUCAGUAGUUGAAACACAACCUACGGGCAGCUCGGCAUCGCUUUCGAAGGAAGUGCCAGGUGAAACCUUGGUACCCCUUCAAUUUGACGAGCCUGGAUACUUCGAGCAUGGCAGGGGCGGGGCACUGCUGGGGGGCUUAGAAAUAAGUCCGCAAGAAGCGACAGAAGAGGCAGAAGAACGGGCAGAGAGCGGUGACAUUGAGGCGCUCCCUGAUGAACGGCCUAUUACUUCAGGUCAGGAAAGUGGCAUGUUUCAAAUAGAAUUGGAGGGAGAGGAGGCAACAGACGCACCGUCCGGCGGCGUGGUAGCCAUAAGUGCGGAUAUGGGAGCGCUACCGCAGCCUGCACUGCCAACCUUACUGGAGCACCUAGAGCAUCCAGGCUGCAAGGAAGGAGCAAUAGAAGAGUAUGCAGAGAGCGCCGUGACUGAAGUGGUUCCCUCUGGACGGCCUACAGCAAUAAGCGGGCAAAAAGACGCACUAGGACUGGAACUUCCCAGUAAGGAAACAGAAGGUGAACCUAUGACCAGCGCGGAAGCGGAGAUGUCAGCCGUAAAUGUGAUGCCGGAGCUUACAUGGUCAGUGAGUUCGGAUCGUCCGACAGAGCAUCCAGAACGCGAGCCGGAGGCAACAGAAGAGACAACAGCCGCGGCAGCCGAGUCGGGCUUCACAGACCAGCAACCGAAUAAAGUAGGACAAAUCAAACGAACAGCAGACGACCUAGUGGGUGACAAAUUCGACAGUACAGCGAACGAAGAACGUGGACCACUGCUUUCCAUCACGAAGAUGGAGAAGCAUUCUUGUGAGAAAACAAGCGAACGUAUCUUGAAGCGGUACGGUGACACAAGGCCCAUGGAGAGUGUGACUGGAGCGCACGAAAGUUUUGUGAUCGCGGAGACAGAAACGCAGUUAUUCGGUGCGGAGGCGAGAGAGUCUAGCAUGAGAAACGCACCGGAGAAAGCUCGGACAGAAGCUGAAUGCAGUCAGUCAAAGUUCGAGCCAGACGUGUUUUUGGCGGAUUUAUUUGGAAAAAGCGGUAUCGAACCAACAGAGUCAAGUCAGCCUUGCGAUUACAUUGCAAGGCCUUUCAACAUUUUCGACGACGUUGCUGGAGCUGCGGCUACCAGCACUACCGAGGCAGUCACCGGGAAGCAAUCGCCCUUAGAAGACGCUGUGAUUCAGAGGGGUUCCGAAGGUACCAAAGAAAGUAGUCCGUACUGUCCCAAAAAAGAAGCGGUAGAUUAUGGCAACGCUCCCGAACACAUUAACUUAAUAGGUGAAGCGUCCGAAGGAGCAUCAUUGAUAUCUCCCAGCGACCCUUCUUUUUCUCCAAAGAGCUCGCCCUUGGCUACCUUUAGCCCAUUUCCAGAAGCGGAGUUUGCAUCCCUAAACAAUCAGGGCCAGUAUGUGCCUCGUCCAACAUUCGACCUAGAAAACAGAAGCGCCAAGUUACAAGCAUGUGCAAAAGAAAGCGACUUCGCCAUCAGAACUGCAGGGGCUUCUGAAUACCAGUCAUCCUUGAACGCAAAAAGCAACUCAUCCGUGGAUAAAGUGCUCCAAACGCUUCACAAGCCGCCUGUACGCUUGAAUGGCGGUGUGUUUCAACAGCAAUUAGUAAAUGUGAACGCGUUGUCUGUACCACUAGGGAAAUGUGCUUUCCCAGACGCCGUGUUACCUUACAGCGUUUAUAAGAGUCCAUUCCAUUCAAUGAGUUCUGCAUCAGAACUAGAUUCAACAAAAUAUGAAGAUGGUUGCCAGAAUAUGAGAGAGAUUCCAGAAAAUCCUUCCGGCGCGCGUUCAGCCAAACCAACCGGUGAAAUGCAGGCUGAUGCGACGUAUGUCAGUCUAACAGAAAACAAUGUCAAUACCUCGCCUUUAGCCGAUGAAGGCGAAGAAAUGCCUAAUUGCGACGCCAUCUUAAACAAAAAAGAAACAGGCUUUCAGCUGGACGCUGCUGCUUAUCAACAAGCACUUCCGGAAGUUGAAGACAUUGCACUCAUUGAAGCUCAGGACCAAUAUGGCCACAGUGAGACAGCGUUAUCAACGCAACGCACGGACUUAGAACCAGUUUCCCUGCCUUUCGACGAGAUAAAAGUGCAUGAUGACGACGGUCAGCCGCUGGCGGAUUUCGUGUCUCUGUUUUGCACUGAAAACUUGCAAGCGCUGUCUGAUGAGCAGGCCAAGUUACGCUCUGCUAACAUGUCCCUCCAGGCGGCUUUCGCGCCACUUAAGAUUGGAACUCCGCCUCUUGGAACGCCGCCUCUCGCAACGCCGCCCGUCGAAACAUCACCCGCUCUAACGCCUAUCACCGGAACAUCGAUGUCUGAACCGCCAGCGACCAGCGACGGGCAGUAUGCUAGCUCAGCAUCAGAGGUUAACGAACUGCAUUACGAGUACACAACUCCCUUCAAAACUGUGACUGGUCAAGAGCCGUCUGAAGAUCAUACGAAACCAGUCUGUGCCGCAGAAUACAUCGGCCAAGCACGUUCUACGGGUCGCGAGCCUUGUUACUCCGCAGACAAGACCACUCCAAGUGUCCCGGUACCAUACGAAACUGGCGUGACCAAAUGUGAAGCUACCAAUUACUCCGGGCAAGCGCGUCACCAGCAACCACCGUUUUCUUUCACAGAAGUCAAACAGCCUUUCAGCGUAGCUAGAAAGGAUUCGAAUGCGCUAGGAUUUGCUGCCGACUUGCACAAGUGGUUCCGUACUGAAGACACCGCGACGGCCGAAUACCCUAUCAGCGUACAACCUGAGUCGACUGAAGAUUCAUCUGGGAUCGAAUUUCCUCCGUGGCCCAGUCACUCAGAGACCGAACCAGAAAAGGCCUUUCAUGCUGUUGACUUGCCAGCAGCUGCGCCGGACAAAGAACGCGCGAAAAAAAACUUGGCAGUUCCGUCCUUGUUACAAGAACUGGAAGGAAGAUUUGUAUGUGAUCCGACCGAAAAAGACAAUGGUGUCGAGAACACGCGAGAAUGUAUCCACACGGGCAGCGUCAGCGGAAUAGACCAAGGUGCAGUCGCGGCUUCCCUCAACAAUAUCCCGGCUCAUGCUGAACCUCAAAAAAGCGGUUUAGCAAUCGCCGCCGAAAUAGAUGGAGCGGGCAAGACAAAGAUACAAAAGCGAAAGCUCUCGUUCAGCGACGAAGUCACUGCCAGUAACGACGCAGCUUUUCGUGAAAAAAAUAAGCUACUGGUUGGUUACUCUGACGUCGGUUCCAGAGCAGACGCAUUGCCCUCGGAAAAUGUUGCUCGUCCUUCAAGAAACCAAGCAACGUACAUUUACCUUGCCGGCGCCACGAUUCCGGAAGAAGAAUGUUCCAGGGACAAACACGAGCUGUCAGCUGCGCUGGACAGUGACACAUCAGCCAAGGCGGGGGACGAGGAAUUAAAGCGGCCCUACAAUGCGAGGCAAAGUGUACCAGAUGACGAGUGGAACAAUGACGAGCACAGCGCAGGUAGCGCGUUCCAACACGGUGAAUUUUCGGCAAGUACAUUUAUGCAAUCCGCUCCCAAAGACGUCACCGCAGCGACGAAUGCCACGUGGACGGCAGAGAACAGAGACGACGACUUGCAGCGUCCUGUGAACGUCAAGACGGGUUUCGAGGAUGCAAGGCGCCUAGUGAACAAGUCCUGGCUAUCCCUGCGCACUGGUAGCGCCGACUACAGCAGCGAGAACGUAGAAAAUACUCGCGGUGACGAAACGGCGCUUGGCGACCGUCGCGCGAUCGCCACGGAAGUAGGAGACAAUACCUGGGAAACCUCGACCAGAGACUUUGAGUCCAAUGUCCCAACAGGCGCUGCCACGAGCGAUCCUCUGGGCGCAGGAGGUGUCCCCUCAAGCGAGCGAAAGGGUUCGCUAAGCAGCGUCAGUGUAGGGUACACCCAGGAAUCGCACCCAAAUGACGGCAAUGUUUCAUCUUACAGUGUAGACGCCUCGGAUGACUUGGAAAGCCUGAAGGUGCGCCUCUUCGCAACGAGACGCCGCUCCCAGGUCACAGGAGACAUUCCCGACGACGUGAUUAGGAAAAGUGAGCCCACAUCAACGCUCAGCGCUUCCCACAUUGUGGCUACGGACGCACCGUUUCCGUGGGAGCACACGCGCAGCGUUGAUUCAGAGACCGGAUACGCCCCCGCGAUCAUACUAAGAGACGACGCCUACCAAAUGAGCUUGCUGGGCUCGGCAGUGGCUGAGGGUGCGGCAGACGUAGCCAACGCCAGCGAAUACGAGGUUCCCAAGGCAGGAAAGGAAACUACGAAAUCGGAAAGUGCAUUGUCGCCCGCAUUCGGAAAUGUGUUAAACGCCGAAGAAGGCCCCACGCGACAUGGCGAAGAACAGCCCGAUGCGGGUAUGACGGCACGAGCAGCCCCGAUUCAGCUGGAACCUUCCCAACGUGGGGGGAGCGAGUCGCCCACGAGUGACGAUGAAGGAGGGCGUAUGGAGCGCCUCUUGAAGACGGCAGGCGAGGACAGAAAGGACGACGACAUCAGUGACGAAGUGCCAGACGCUGACGACGAGAGUCCAAAGCUUGUUUCGCACUGCGAAGAGCUGCGAUUCGAGAAUUUUAGGACGGUUGUGGAACACAUGGCGGAUCUGUCGACGCGAAGCGAGGCAAAUAUCGUGUACGAGUCGUUCGUUCCCGCUAUUGGCAAAAUCAGCGACAUGCUCGGUAACUUUUAUUAUGAUACUGCAUUCAAAGUGCGCGUCGUGGACGACUAUGAUUUACCGUCCAUCAUGUACGACCGCUGGAACGAAGAUGCUGCCAGCGUGGCUCCAACGAUCAAGACAUUUUGGACCUACAGCCCACAAAGCUUCUUGAUGUCCGUCGACGAGAACGGCACGCACUGCGGCAUCAUCAGCGCCAUCGUGUUCGAGGACGAGCAGACCUUCUGCGCGGCCAACAGCGUCAAGUGCGACUUCCUGGCGAGCGGUGUCAAGCGGCAACUGUGGGACGCACUGCUGAGCGUGCAGCACGGCAAGAACUUGUUCACCGUGGUGCCGGCCGAGCAGGUGGGCGCCUACUACCGCCAUCUGGGAUUCUACACGUCGGCCAGGGGCCUCAUCCUCCACGGAAAGCUGGCGUCAGACACGGACCUCGCGCCGCUCGGUCAAUUCCCGCUGCCGGACGGUGUCGAGAUCGUCAAGUUCAAGAAGCAGAUGUACGCGUCGCUGCUGAGCUUCGACAAAAGCACGCUCGGCUUCGGCCGCAAGCGGUUCUGGAGGAUGACGCUGCGCGAGGGCCCCAUCUCGUUCCGCGUGGCGCUCCGAGGUGGCGGGGUCGGCGGCGGCGGGCGAGUGUGCGGCUACGCGGGCCUCCAGAACGACACGCGCGGCGUGCCCGUCGUGCGCUGGUUGGUGGCCGCCGACGAGGGCGUGGCGGUGCGCCUCCUGCACAACCUGCUGGCCGGCUCGUUCACGUUCCGCCAGCGCGGCGCCUGGAUGGCGCUGUACGCGCGCAGCCACGCGUCGGCCGCGCUCCUUCGGCACCUGGACACCAGCGGCUUCCAGCCGUGGAUGCUCGUCUUCAACCGGCGGGAGCCGUUCCUCCAGUACAGGAACAUAGCGGUGCUCACCUACAUAUGAACAUCACCCACUUCGACUUUUCGCUGACGUUACGCAUGCGCUGGGAGAUUCUCGUUUUUAUUUGCUAUUCUUUAUUGGCAAUGAAAUUACUAUAUGCAACAAUGCUUUGGUGCGCUGCUGUUCUCGACUGCACGUAUACGCGCCGACUGGUAACCGCGAUAGAUCGCUGUACGUACAUGGGAGAGAGCACGGGAUUAAUUUUUCACGAUCCAUCACAUGUUGCACGGUCGUAAGAAAGCGCAUUUGGAAUGCCGUAACCGAAUCUUAGCCCAACUAUAGGUUAAGGUUAGCGCAGCAAGGCAGCAACACUUUCACGCUUAACAGCCCAUGGUCAAAGGGUGGAGCCCACUUGAUGGCACUUGCAGGUAACGCCAGUUAAUACAGUUACAAACGCAGAAACGACGUUUUCUUUGUAUGCGUGACCGAAUGUCUCGGGAGUUUCGCGAGUAAAAUUAACACAGUGCACAGCGGACAAUUACGAGCCAACAAUACACAUAUUCUAGAAACAAGUGUAAGUUAACGUUAAAUUACUCUACUCUACGCAAUGCUAAAGGGCUCGGGAAUUUAAGUGAAAUUGAAAGGCAUUUAUCGGAUGUAAUUAAGCUUUGCGUUCCUAGCAAUGUAGAGCAAGAGUGUAAGAACACGCGUUUAGUUUUUGAAUAGCUUGCACGUGAAAUAUAUAUUAUGCAACGAUAAUACACUAAUUGCUCAGCGUUAUGAUUGUCAAUGGUUACACUUGCACUUUCUGUAACGCUGAUAAACAUAUAACGCAUAAACUGGCUGUGCAAAAAAGCCAUUGGUAGGAAGAGGUUGGUAUUGUCAACAGCGCGGAAUAUUUCAUUGGCUAAAGUAUGAGUGCAAUACCUGAAAUCCUUUUCCGGAGGUGACGAAACGUUGAGUGUAUGCCGGUAGUAUUGAAAUUGUUCAUUACAUUCGACUCGUGUUAAUUAAAGCUCCCGGAUACCACAGGUGCUAGGUAGCUUGAAUGACCAUAAGUGUGGAUUUAAUGAAGUCAAAUAAAAUACAAUCCGAAAGAAAA